CGCAGCCUGCGGCAGCCCAGAAGCCAGGCUCGAACCAUGACAACUCAGUACAAGGAGGAGAUCUGCGAGAGACCCGAGUGCAAAAGUAAAUCCCCAACUUUGCUUUCUUCUUACUGCAUUGACAGUAUUCUGGGCAGGAGAAGCCCCUGUAAGAUUAGGUGUAUUGGAGCUCAAGCAUUGCCGCUUCUCACAGCUAGGAAUGACCCGGACCCAGCGAGUGAAGGAUCACCCAAGGAAAACAUGUCGUUUGACACGGAGCUCCAUCUCCCUCCUAAGUUCCGAAGACUGUACGGUCACGGAGGGAAGAUCCUAGACUCCCGAGGAUUUAACGAUAUUGGCAACGAGAAAUUAGAAAGAGAGCGGUCCUCCGAAGCAUUCCGCAACGCCGAUCUGAAAAUCAGUCAGGCUCCGCAAGUCAGCAUCAGCCGCAGUAAAUCCUACAAAGAAAACUUCAGUUUGGCCAAGGCGCAAGGGGACAGCGCGCCCAACCUGACCGGGUCCCCAGGUUUAGAGUCGGUGGAGCCGGCCGACAAAUCGUUCGAGGGGGACGCGAAAGAGGACGCGGUAGAAAAUGACUUGUCCCCGAAGCUGGCGGAGGAGGCUCAGACGGACGUGGAUGUAAAGGACAGUGAGGACAGCUUGUGUUUAUCGGCCGGCAGUGACUCUGAAGAAGGCAUGUUAAAGAGAAAGCAGCGGCGGUAUAGGACUACAUUCACCAGCUAUCAGCUGGAAGAACUGGGAGCGGCCUUCAGAAAACGCUACUACCCAGAUGUCUUUACCAGGGAGGAACUGGCGAUGCGGCUCGACUUAACGGAAGCUCGGGUGCAAGUGUGGUUUCAGAACCGCAGAGCCAAAUGGCGAAAGCGAGAGAAAGCCGGAGCCCAGAACCAUCCCGGAGGCUUGCCGUUCCCCAGCCCCCUGGGAGCGGGCCAUCCGCUGGGACCCUACCUGGACGGCAGUCCCUUCGGCCACCACCCGAGCCUCGAGUCCGCCUGGUCAGCCGCCGCCGCAGCAGCAGCCGCAGCCGCCGCCUUCCCCGGUCUCCCACCUCCACCGGGCUCGGCGGCUCUCUCCCCUAGUGGAGCCCCGCUCGGCCUUGGCACCUUCCUGGGAGCGGCCAUGUUCAGGCAUCCUUUCAUCACCCCGCACUUCGGCAGGCUCUUCUCGACAGUAGGCCCGCUGACAAGCGCCUCUGGCCCUGCUCUGCUGAGACAGUCGGCCGCGGGUGUUGAAGGGGGAGUACAAGCCGGCGCCCUCUCAGACCCCGCGGUAGCGGCCGCAGACAGACGAGCGUCCAGUAUCGCAGCACUCAGACUCAAAGCCAAGGAACAUGCCGCCCAACUCACACAACUCAACAUUCUCCCCGCACCUUCCACUGGCAAAGAAGUGUGCUGAACACGCACCACGGAGCUUCACACAGGUUGUUGAUCAAGACCAAAUUCAGAAACUGGACCAUUUGUUCCGCGUGGAUUGAGUUAUCAGACUGUGCAUGUUCGUAGACUCAGUAUCUCUUUCAUCUUAUCAACUGGCCACAUUUAAAAUCAAAACACUGACAUUCUCCUCAUACUAUAGAUUUGUGAUGUUCCUACCAUUCGUAUAUCUCUAAAAGAGGGUGAAGGAAGUUGUGGAGUCUUAUUAAGAGUAUACCUGAUCCCAUCACUCCAACUUGCUUUAAUACUGUAGGGGUGGAUCUAAUCAGGUCAGUUUGUGCAAAAAGGGAGAAGUGUAUUCCGAACACGCGCAUGUAGAUUUGACAGUUGCUAGUUUUCCUAAUUCCAGUCUUGUUGGGGCCGUUAUAAAGGAAUGCUGUUUCUGAUUGAAACGAGUUUGACUUUCUGCGGCGGACCAGUUCUAUCACACGUGCAGAAACGCGUUGGUUACGUCUGGAUUUUUUUUAACUAUGUACGUCAGUGUAGCCAACCAGCGGUUCGCUACUAAACCAAAGGGACAAAAUACUGCCAAUCCGAGUGGACUGCUUAUGUCACUAAACUGUGAUUGAUUUCUGUACAUAAUGGUCGCUCUUCAGAAUUUCCAAGGAAAAUAAUUGUACAUUUUUUUUAAAAAACACGAAAAAUUGCACUCAGUGUGUUGUGAAAGUUUAUUCUCUAGAAUUACCGAGCAGAUCUUAUUACAGUGUUGUGGAUGCAUUAGGUUCGUAGAAUAAUUAU